AUGCUUAAGGAGCCCAUUGUGCUUGCCUCUCGCAGACUUGCUGCCCCGAGCUCUCCUCCGCGCAAAAAUGUACUUGGCGCGUCCAUCAACAGCCACACUAUGUCGACAAUGCGUGCCUCUCAAAGCGACUCGGUGGCUGGCCGCGCCAAUGCUGACCUUCCGUCCAAACUGAACGCGUUGAAUCUUGCGGAGAGCGACGACGACUCAGAUAUUGAGGUAUUCGGUCCGUUUCCUGCUUCGAAAACAGAAGGGAAGUGUGUGAGGGCGAAUUCCGUGGAUAUAGGGGGAAAGGCGAGCGACAAACCUGUCCACCCAUUCUUUGUUUCGUCCGCUGCUAUCAAGGCGUCCGCCUCAAGGCCUUCCGUUUUCACAAAGGCAAAACCUACCGAGGUCAAGGUGAAAGCGAAAGCAAUAUCGGCUCCCAAAUCCACAGUACAAGCACCGCGCUCAGCUUCUAACGCUACCUUCCCUGUUACUUCAUCCUCUGUUACACCCUCUGCAACCAACACUCGACCAGACGGCCCCACCCGAGACAAGCCAGACUCCACUCAAGCCGGUGAGUUUGACGUUGAAGGACGCCAGGCACCUCUUCCGAAGUACUCGUAUCGCGAUUAUCAUCAUCCGACACCGACUGUAGUUUAUACGCGCCACGAAGAGGAGGCUGAUGACCUAGUUCUUGGACUUAAACCAGGGCCUGUUUCGCUUGACCUAGAGUGGUGUUUUUAUUUCACGAAGAAUAAGGGCACCACCACCUUGAACGAGAGGCGCGUUGCUGUAGUCCAGGUCACAGAUGUUUGUGGCAUGGUCCUUAUCAUUCAAAUUUUUGGGAUGCGCCGAUUUCCCAAAAAUCUCCAGUCUUUGAUUGAAAAUCCCAAUGUUCCGAAGAUGGGCGUGAAUAUUUUAAAUGACGGAAAGAAGUUAUUUAGGGACUAUGGCAUUCUUGCUCAAAGUUUGGUUGAACUGGGAGCUCUUGCCAUGGUGGCAGACCCAGCUGCAAAAAGGAGACGAAAAAUGGUCAGUCUUGCCAAGCUGGUUGAGCAAUAUUGUGGAAAAUUGUUAGAGAAAGGCUCGAUUCGGACCGGAAAUUGGGAAGCUAAACUAGAUCAGGAACAAAUUGACUAUGCAGCAAAUGAUGCACAUUCAACUAUACAAGUUUACAAUGAACUUGUAAAAAUGGCAGAUGAGAUGUCCAUCAAUUUAUGGGAUGACAAGCAGACACAUACACAGGCUGUAGGGUGGCAUAGAUCAACUCUCCUUGCAUCAAGGUCAAAACUUGAAGUAUCAUCCAAGAUACUGGCACGCCCUCAACAACUACGUGCCUAUCAGUAUUGGCAUCAUCAAAAUAUGAGUUUGGAAAAAAUGUGCAUGGCAUUGAGUUUGAAGAGUAAAGGGUAUGGUCCCCAAAUUCCUGGUGAAGAUAAGAAUUUGAGACCUUCUACUGUCAUAUCAUAUAUUCUUGGAGCUCUUCAAUCAGAUUCAACACUUCCAUUUCAAAUUGAUAAGGUAAAAGAUUUGUUGCAGAUGGAGAUCACAUCAUGGUCUCGUCAUCAUGAUUGGAUAUUAGAUGCAUGGGAGGAAAGAGCUUCAAAUAUACAGUGA